GUUGUAAUUAAAUCAAUUUCCAUUGAAAUAUCUAAUAAAGUGACUUUCCACUAAAUAAAUUUAAAAUAAUUAUUUAAACUUGCCUACAAAGAAUCAAUUCUUGAAAUUAAUAUUUUAAUAUAAAAGUAAGUUAACAAGUUUGUUUGUAAAUUGAUAAACUAAUCAGUUUGACUUUGACAUUUCCCGAAUUGUUAUCUAACCUCAAUUACUCGUCUCGUAUGUCGAUAUCUUAAACUACGAAAUUGCGAUGGCUUAUGACUUAAAACAAGAAGAAGAAGUGAAGGAGUAUAUAGAAAAUCUCGGGAUUGAAUACCGGUUUGGCUGUUACAAAGAGCAGAAGCCGGAAGUAUGUCAUCUGCUAGGAGAUUAUCUGGAGGCUAUAAAGAAGGACUAUGAUAAGGCAGCGAAAGUGUUCAAAAGUAAUUGUUUGGAUUAUAAGUUUGGGAAAUCAUGUCUGAAGAUUGGGAACUAUACGCUUGUGGGUCGAGGGAGGGAGAAAGGUGAUCAUGCGGAGGCUUUGAAGUACUUUGAGAAGGGAUGUGAAUAUAACGAGCCUGGAGCGUGCUUGCACGCAGGUCUGCUGCUGACAGCUACUGGACCCGGCGUGACCAUACCACGGGACGUGCCUAAAGGUUACAACUACCUCAAGAAAAGCUGUGACCAAAAUGACCCGAUGGCGUGCCACUACCUUUUCGGAAUGUACCUGACUGGCGUACCAAAGAACGUAGCAGAAUUCAAUCCACACAAUCCAGAGAAAAACAAAAACAUAGAAUACAUAAUUAAAUCAGACAAAAAACAAGCAUUUCAAUUUGCAAAGAAAGCGUGUGAACUCGGUCACAUGUACGCCUGUGCGAAUGUUAGUAUGAUGUAUAAACGAGGGGAUGGAGUGGAACAAAAUGCGGAUGAAGCAAAGAAAUUCUUUGAAAUUGCACAAGCGUUACAGAAAGCUCAUGAAACCACGAAAGAGGUCAAAUUCCAGCAGGGAUUGGAUGGGAAAUAGUGUUAAAUGGAUUUGGAACUUUGCAUUUAUUUUGACCUUUCAACAGCCCUCAAAACAUUUCUUAACCCCUAGCAGAUGCUUAUGGAUAUAUAAAAAUGAAUUGUUGUAUGUUACAACUAUUUUUAUACAUAUUUUUAAUUGAUAUUAAAUAAUUGUACAUUAGGAUUUAUUUCCAAGCAUUAAAUAAGGUGUAAAUAGAACCAGAAAAUUGUGCACAAUGUGGAUACGGGCUCUAGGGGCUUAGAAAUGUAUGUUUGUUAAAAAGUUGAUGACUUGUAUAGUAUUGUUGACUGUAGAUGUAUAAAUAAAUUAUUUCAGCACAAAUAGAAAUCUUUUAUUUACA